AUGUUUUUACAAUGGGUCGGUCCAGUUAAAAGCUUACCUCUCAGGCCCAGACACCAUGCUAUACAUGGGCCAGGUCGUCAGACAAUGCUGAUAGACAACGCAGGUGCCGCCCCCACCAAGAAGUCACCACGUGGUGGGUGGGUUGGAGGGCUCCGUGAUUUGGUGUUAGUUCAGGGGCCAUGGGCUUUUUGCUCUCAUCUACCCGAUUUAGAUAGUUUAGACAUAUUUAUAAAUGAGUUUAUUAUAAUGUCGUCACUGUUCUUGUACAAUAUGGCCUCUUUUGUACCUGAAAAUUGGUCAUGCAUGAAUGGCCCUAAUCAUGACUUCCAUAACAUGGAAGUCUCAGAAGUGGACACUGCCCUUCUCAUCUCACUACUUGAUGAAUCACAAGGUGACGAUAUUUGUGACGAUGAAAGAUUAAGGAGUGUGAUUCAAUCUCUAGAAGUCGAGAUCAGUCCUCAAAUGGUCGAAGAUGUUCAUAACUCAUUUGUGGAUCCUUCUUACUAUACCAAUAUGGCAUUGGAGGAGGGUUGCCCAUUGUCCGAGGGCGGGGUACACGCGGACGGUCAGGAUUGUUCCACAUCCUGUGAUCUUGAUCAUACCUAUUGGAUGGAUAUGGAGAUGAUGCUUUCCUCACCUAGUGAUUGCAUGAUCAAUUGGUAUUUGGACUCCUAUGGAGAGGAUAUGGAGGGUAUGGGUAUAUUUGAGUUUGGUGUUAGAGAUUGUUUUUCUUUUAGUUACUAUGGAAAUUGUAUAGAGGACCAUGAGUAUGGUUCUUUGUGGCAAGAUACAAAUGAUUCAGAGAUGGACGGCUAAGAUUUUGCCACUCUUAUGAUCAAAGCCAUGAAGCACAAUGAAUUCUGCUAUUUGUUAUAAAUAUUUUAUAAUUGACAAUCUAGACCCUUAAUUUUUAAUUUUAUUAUUUUCUUUAUAAGUGAUGAGUAGAUUAGAAAUGUUAAAACUCGCUCCAUAAUUAAUGAUGAGAUUGUGUAAAACCUUAAUGGA